CACACACCCUUGAAAAAAACACUCAAACGUACAGUAUAAAUACAGUCUUGGCUCCUGGACCCCAGUCAGUCACUGUGCAGGACGCCACCAAGACAAGACAAGAUGGAAAUCAUAGGUUUACUGCUCCUUGUGGUGGUUGCUCAGUCAUUUGCUAUGCCUCUGUCAUCGCCGGAGGAGACUGAUAAUUGGCUAUUAGCCGAGGUAAGCAAAUUAAAGCUGUAGGUCUGAUGUCCUUCUGUUUAUCAAUGUCUGUUUGGUUCACUGAAUAUUGAAUAUUGGUAUUAUUGAUUUUACAGUUAUCCUCAUACUCUAAAUAAGUAUGAAUGCAAUCAUUUAUAGUAUAAACAAAUAUAUCAUUGUUUUAUUUAAAUAAAAUUGUUAGUUGCAGACAAAAUGCCAGAAGAUGUUGAAAUACUAUAACCCCUCAAGUUGAACACAUUCAUUUGUGAAUUUGCUCCUUAAAUUACCACUUUUUUUAUUACAUAAAUUCCAUGUACUAUGAUAAACAGCUACAUAUCAUGAAGGUGUUAACUUAUGUUAUUACUUUCCUCUUCAGAAAUACCUCCGCAGAUUCUACAACCUUCGAGCUGGACUUCAGGGAACAAAGACCCACAGGUCUUCAGACGCCAUGCAGGCUAAGAUCAGGGAGAUGCAGUCCUUCUUCAACCUCCAGGUGACGGGGAGCCUGGACGCUAACACCCUGGAGCUGAUGAGCAUGGCCAGGUGUGGUGUCCCUGACGUGGGGGAAUACAAUCACUUCCCCCGACACCUAAAAUGGCAGAACACCAAAUUGACCUUCAGGUGAGGCUUCUCAAACAGUCAUAUAGUGUCUCAUAACCCUAAUUUGUUAAUUAUUUAUGGUAUUGGUGUAAUAAUGUUAAUUUAAUCCACAUACACCACAUGACCUUGGAUUCAAUGGACAUGAUCAGCUUUCAUUUAUUUGGAUAAAACUUGUCAAGUCUCUCUUGAAUUAAGAUAUGUUUCCUCUUCCUUGAAUGGUCCUUCAGAAUAGUGAAUUAUACUCCUGAUCUGAAUAAGGCUGAUGUGGAUAGAGCUAUCCGAAAUGCCUUCAACAUCUGGGCUGGCGUCACUCCUCUGACCUUCAAGAAACUGCAUGAGGGGAAGGCUGACAUCAUGAUAGCAUUUGGUACAAAAGGUAGACCCAUUUCUCUAUUCUGGAGAAUAUCUUGAUUAAUUUGAUCAUCUUACUGUAGUUUUGUUUAAGAUUCAGUUAUCAUUGUUUAGAUUUGUGCAAGACUCCAUCAUAGAAGAAAUUGACUGAAUGGUGGCUUGCUGGCAACACUUACUGAAACCAUCCUCAAACCUAAUUUUUUUCCCUGCCCCUUCCUUGUCUUUAGAACAUGGAGACUUCAACCCCUUUGACGGCCCUGACGGUCUCUUAGCCCAUGCCUAUCCCCCUGGCAGAGACAUUGGAGGAGACACACACUUUGAUGAAGAUGAACAUUGGUCAAAAGACUCAGAAGGUAAAUAUUUGGUACAUUUCCAAUAAAUUCAAAUCAAAUUUUAUUGGUCACAUACACAUAUUUAGGAGAUGUUAUUGCGGGUGUAGCGAAAUGCUUGUGUUCCUAGCUCCAACAGUGCAGUAGUAUCUAACAAUUCUCAACAAUACACAAAUCUAAAAGUAAAAUAAUGGAAUAAAGAAAUAUAUAAAUAUUAGGACGAGCAAUGUCGGGGUGGCAUUGACUAAAAUACAAUAGAAUAGAAUACAGUAUAUACAUAUGAGAUGAGUAAAGCAGUAUUUAUUUAUGUGGGUAUUUAUGCAUUUAUUUAUGUAUUUAUGUGGUGGAUCAGGGAAUAUGUAUGACAUUUAAUCACUGAUUAUUUACUAACAUAUUGCUUCCUCUGUAGCCUACAACCUAUUCCUGGUGGCCACCCAUGAGUUUGGCCAUGCACUUGGCUUGUCCCAUUCUACUGAUCCUGGGGCUCUGAUGUACCCAGUCUACUCCUAUGGCCAGGGUUACCCACUGUCUGAAGAUGAUAUCGCUGGCAUUCAAGCUCUAUAUGGUCAGUGUUCCACUUAUUAACCCAAACAGAAGUAGAGACCGAAAAUGAAAUAAUUCAUUUAAUUCCACCCACUGGUGUCAUACUGUAAAAUGUUCAUUAUGUGGUUCAAUCUUAUAGGCCCGAACCCCAGUCACAGGAAAGUGAAGCCCAAGCCAGAUGCCCCAAACAAAUGUGACCCCAUGUUGAGUUUUGAUGCUGUUACUGAGCUCAGAGGAGAAACAAUCAUCUUCAAAGACAGGUAGGGAGUAUGUCCAUUCGUGAAAAAAAACAUUUCUGCACAAAAUAUAAGCUUACAAUAGACAAAAUGAAUGUGUGUUGAUGUAUUCAAUUUGAUGGCAGGUUCUACUGGCGUCUCCAUCCCCAGUUUGCAGAGCCUGAGCAAACCCUGAUCAAAUCCACCUGGCCCUCCCUCCCCAACAAAGUGGAUGCUGCCUAUGAGUACCCUGAGAAAGACAUGGUCUUCAUAUUCAGUGGUGAGUUUAAUGCUGGCAACACUGUUCUGACAUAGUCCUCUGUCGUUCUGAUUAUGCAAUUACAGUUCUGCUUUGCUCAUUUACAUAAUGUAGAUAUCUAAUAAAGUUGAUGUCGGUGCAAGUGGCAUAGGUUAAUUUAGUUGACUAAUUUUCAUAUUUUUCCAGGUAUCAGAAUGUGGGCCCUGAAUGGCUAUAACCUGGUGGAGGGCUACCCCAAAUACAUCCAUAAACUGGGACUCCCCAAGACCGUGAGGACGGUGGAUGCUGCUGUGUACAUCCCAGACACCGGCAAGACCCUUCUGUUCUCUGAGGAGCAUUACUGGAGGUAGGACGGUAUGGUCUAGUCUGGACUGGUCUGGUCUGGACUGGUCUGGCUUGGUCUAGUCUGGCUUGGUCUAGUCUGGUCUGGACUGGUCUGGCUUGGUCUGGACUGGUCUGGUCUGGCUUGGUCUGGACUGGUCUGGUCUUGUCUGGUCUGGUCUGGUCUGGCCUGGUCUGGUUGAGAGAUCUCAUCUGCAAACAUAACUGUGUUCAUUAUAGGUUAUAGUCUUGGUUGUGUCUUAUUGACAGUUAUGAUGAGAAGACUAACACAAUGGACAGCGGCUUCCCAAGAUCCAUUGAGAUGGAUUUCCCUGGAAUGGCAGAGGAGGUGGAUGCUGCCGUAUAUCAAUAUGGUAUAUCAAAAUCACUAAUUUUAAUAUUAUUUGUAUUAUGUAGUUUCCGUUGCGUUUGCUUUGAAAAUAUAAUAAAUAGCUCUCUCUAACAAAUUCACCCGUUCUUUCUCCUUGCAGGAUAUUUGCAUUUCUUCCAUGAACAUACACAAUUUGAAUACAGCUACAGUGCAAGGAAGGUCAUUCAGAUUGUUCGGACAAACUCUUUUCUCAACUGCUGAUCCACUGGUGGAGAACUACUGUUAUUUUAUGGGAAACGUAGCCCAUAGGUCAUUUGUGCUGGACACCUGCUUGUCAUUGUUAUUUGUAAAUCAUCUUAAAGGAUGCUGGAAAAUGUUAUGUAAAAUGCAUGUCUGAAGGCUGAAGUAGGUAGAAUAUUUAUAGGGAAUGGGAAAAUGGUUGGCUUAUGCAUCGAACUAAUGCAGAUAUACAGGGUCUUGCUUCAUGGUAGCAUAAUAUUCACAUUACUUGUUGUAAUAUUGAAGGGUGGGAUAGGAACCACCCUGAUAAACUGUAGAAUACUGUAAUUGCAUCUCUCUCUGGAUAUAAAUGUUACUUGGGGAAGUUACAGUAAUAUUGAUUCUAGCAAAUUAAACUGGAUUGUUGUGUUGCAGAUCCACCAAUAGGUGGCAGUCAAGGAAACAAAAUCUAGAGUAGGAGCUAAUGCAUUUUAUGGACUGUGAAUGUUUUUACUACUAAUUUUAAUGACACAUUUUCAUGAAUAAAAUAAUGAGUGCAA